AUGUCGGUCCGCCGCGCCCUGGCGCUCGCCGCCUGCGGGCUGGCGGGCGGCUCCGUCCUGCUCUCCGCCGUCGUCGUGGGCAAGCAGCCGGCCCGUGGCGGUGGCGAUAGCGAGCCGCGCCCGGGGGGCUCCGCCGUGCCCUCCGCCGCGCCGCCCGGCUUGCUGCUGCUGCCGCCCACCGCCUCCUGCCCGCCGACCGCCGGCUGGAUCGAGAGACCCGCCGGCAGCGGCAGCUACUGGGACAGCAACUGGGACAGACGUGAGCCACUGGCUCUUGUCAACCUCAAGAAGAAAAAUGAAGAAACCGGGGAGGAAGAGCUCGCCUCUCGCUUGGACCACUGCAAAGCAAAAGCCACCAGGCACAUAUUCCUGAUCAGGCACUCCCAGUACCACCUGGAUGGCCGGGCUGACAAGGACAGGACUCUCACCCCACUGGGUCGAGAGCAGGCUGAACUGACUGGACGCAGGCUGGCAAGCUUGGGAUUAAAAUUUGAUCAGAUUAUCCACUCCUCCAUGACUAGAGCAACUGAAACAACUGAAAUUAUAAGCAAACAUCUCCCAGGAGUCAAAAAAAUCAGUACUGAUCUGCUGAGAGAGGGAGCACCUAUAGAACCAGACCCUCCAGUCUCCCACUGGAAACCAGAAGCUGUGCAGUAUUACGAAGAUGGCGCUCGCAUCGAGGCCGCGUUCCGCAACUUCAUCCAUCGAGCUGACGCCAAGCAGGAGGAGGACAGCUACGAGAUCUUCGUGUGCCACGCCAACGUCAUCCGCUACAUCGUCUGCAGAGCCCUGCAGUUCCCCCCAGAGGGUUGGCUGCGACUGUCCCUCAACAACGGCAGCAUCACGCACUUGGUGAUCCGUCCCAACGGCAGAGUGGCCCUUCGAACGCUGGGUGACACGGGUUUCAUGCCUCCAGACAAAAUCACACGCACCUGAGUGAGCCAAAUGGCUGGAAGGCUGUCCAGGAGCUGCCUCUAGUCUCUUUGCACUAGCACAUUCUGCUACAGUACCACUAGAUUUUUAUUACGUUGGGGUGUGAUGCUGUCUUAAAAUGUCCUUUAGCCCCAUUCCUCCUUCAUAUCCAUAUCUGCCUUUCAGUCCGGAAAAGAAGAAACCUUUGUAAGCCUGAACAUGUCCAGUCCUUAAGUAUUCCCCGAAACUCGAAGCUGAGCUGUGAAAUACAGGUUGAAUGUCUGCUCAGCAGUUGCAAGAGCACUGACUUUUCCCCUCACCCCGCUGUGAAUUUCUCUAACCAAAGUUUGCUCCUGUGGGUGUUUUUCUUGUGCAGGAAAGCGACUGGUGUGUGAACAGCCUUGUAUCACACUGCAGCUAAAACAAAGGUGAGCCAGCUUGUUCCAGCUCCUGCAGAAGUGACAAACAGGGAAUUCUGCUUUCCAAAGGACAAAGGGAUAAAGCUUCAGUUUUUGUAAGCUGUUGAAUGUGUAUGUUGAUGUUGUGUCACUGUUCCCCUCUGCCCCCAAAAAGCCCAUGUAAACUGUGCCUGGAGGUUAUGAGCCUGAAGGAAAGAGGGUAAAAAAACAUUUGCCUCAGAGCUGUGGUGCUAGAACUAACUGCUGCUUCUAUAAAGUGUUCACCAUCCUCAGGAUGUCCUUUAAGAUGUUCUUAAGAAUAUUUUUCAGUCUUGUAAAGCCUUUAACCAAAACAUGGUCUGGAGAAGGCUGUAGGGAUGAGGCUGUAGCAGUGAGAUGGGAGGAAAGGAAAGCAGCAAUCUUCUCAAAGUGCUUUCAGUUACUGAUACAUUUUUGAGUGCUCUUUCCCGCUGGUUUGUAGUUGAUACCUUACUUUCAGAGUAGAGCAAUACCACCACUGAGUUCAGGGUAGUGAUGCUGCAGGUCAGAGGUGCUGCAGCACUGCAGCAAACUGCAGUUGCCAGCAUGGUGAGCAGGUGGCCAUGGGGUGGCUGGUCUAGGGCCAGUGUAUAGGACAGGCAUUGGGCAGAAUGCUCCAAGGGCCCCCUUCAGACAGCUCUGAUACUGCUGGGCCUGUGGGAGGGGAGGGCUCAGAGGCAUUCUGGAGCUUGCUGGUUACCCUGAGCCCAUGCAGAAACCUGGCUCAGUUAAUAAUAGGAUAGCAGAUGUAACUAACUUGUUUGACAGAUUCUCUGAUCAAUAAGGAUGUUGAUGAGAUGCUGAACUUACUCCUGUCAGAGCUGUAUGAAGCAUAAUCACACAGCCUAUGGAGAAGAGGAUUUAAGGGCUUGAUACUGAAUGCUGCUACAUCAGGAUCAGUUCAAGGAGUAGGGUAGGGAACAAACUGAUUAUUGUGUAGUGUAAGCUGUGGGGGGCAAGAGGAAACCAUCAUGAUGUAUCUCUCAUUGAUGCAAUGAGAGUAAUUUAUCAGUUUUUGUCUAUUAACUUUUUUAAAGUUUUGAAUAAAAUACUUGGUCUGUCUGUC